AUGUUCAAAAAGAUCCAUUCUAUAUUUCACCCCAACUCCCAGCGAAGAAACGUGACAGAUGACAUCCCUUACUGUGAUGGCGCAGGUUCUGCAGUGAGACUGAUCCGCAGCACUUCUAUGUACGUCCUUGGAGGUGAGCAGGAAAAAGUUAGUGAACCUCUAAAAAAAUGCAGAAGUACAAGUAGCAUCGACUCUUGCUUUCAGACAAAAGAGGAAGACAGAGACUGGAUGUACUCUAAAACUCAGGACUGCUUAAAGUACCUACAGGAUCUGCUAGCCUUGAGGAAAAAAUACCUUGAAAACAUCAACAACUUGAAAUCCAUGCAUAUGGCUCCAGAUUCUCCAGCAUCCACAAGAUCAUCCAAAACUGGAAAAAAGUCAUUCCUUCCACUUCCUUCCAAAGAGUCUCCUAAGGUAAUUUCCAAGAACUUUUGCCAUUCCAGUUCAGAUGUAAGAGAAGCAAUAGCUUUCUUUGACUCAGUCAUUGCAGACCUGGAUUCAGGGAGAUGGAGGAGAGUUCCUGAUGUGGAUCUGCCAAAUGUGGAUGUUGAUUUUGAUGUUGCUACCAGUACAAGUGAACACAGUUUGCAUUCAAACUGGAUCCUUCGUGCUCCCCGGAGAUACUCACAAGAUACUGCCCAGGCAGCUAAGGCUGCAAACCAGUCUCAAAGAAACAGUCAGCGGAGAACCACUGGCUCUAGGAAAAGGUUGGAAAGGCAUCCCAUGUACUUGCCCAAAGCUGUGGAAGGGGCAUACAACACUUUAAAAUUUAAGCCUAAAACACGCAAGAAAGAAUGUUGA